UAUCUGGCGCAUUGCUUUGUGGGUGUGCGCGACAGAAUAAAAUGGCGGACUUGGCAAACGAAGAUAAGCCAGCCAUAGCUCCCCCUGUGUUUGUCUUUCAAAAAGAUAAAGCACAAAAGCGAUCGGCUGAAGGAUCGAGCGCCGAAGAUGGCGAGGAUUCGGAAAGGGAGGAGAAUGACUACAGUCCUCCAGUCAAGAGAGAGAGAACAUCAUCUCUAACACAAUUUCCACCAUCCAACUCAGUUGCAAAAAAUAAUGUAUUCAUGCCCUCAAGUUUCUGCCAGUCUCCAACUGGGAACUCUGACUCUGAGCCUGAGGAGAAAGCGGUGGGAUUUCGCUUGAAGCCUCCAACACUCAUCCAUGGACAGGCCCCUAGUGCAGAUUCUCUUCCAGGUGUGCCCAGCCAGAAGCCCAAGGAGCAGCAACGCAGUGUGCUACGGCCCGCCAUGCUGCAGGCACCGCCCACCAAGACAUUCACAGACACCAAAUCCAGUUGUGGGACGAACGGCGUGGAGAAACUAUCAGAUGAAGGGGCGGAACACAGUCAAAACAUCACCCAGAACAACGUUGACAAGGUGGGCAAACCGCAGAACAAGGACAAGGAGAACAGCAGCGAGGCGAGUGACCAGAAGAUCGAUGGCCACCCGAAGAAGGACGCACUCGCAGAGUCUAGUUUCGUAUUUGGCCAGAACAUCAGAGAAAGAGCCAAGGUAGAAGAGAACAGCAGUCCACCCAAUGACUCUCAAGACUCAUCAGAUUCACAGUCUGGUGGAACCAAUUAUUUCCUGCAGUUUAAAGGCACUCCCAGCUCUCAGAAUGCAGCAGCAAGUGCAGAUAAAGAAGCCAAGUUUGUCUUUGGGCAGAAUAUGUCUGAUCGAGUGUUGAGUCCUCCCAAGGGUGUGGACGAUAGUGUGGAGACCAACAAGGACAGCCCCGGCCCCGUUUCUGAACCGUCCCCACCAGACGGCACACCUGAAAAAGCUGGUGCCCCCAGCAGCAGCACGGCGGAGUCCCUGGAGGAGUCUGCAGCGGCCUACACCAAGGCCACGGCCAAGAGGUGCAUCCUGGAGAAGGUGGAGGUGCGGACGGGGGAGGAGGCCGAGAGCAACGUAUUACAGAUGCAGUGCAAGUUGUUUGUGUUCGACAAGACUGCGCAGCUGUGGAUCGAGCGAGGCCGGGGUCUUUUGAGGCUCAACGAUAUGGCGUCCACGGAAGACGGCACGUUACAGUCAAGAUUAGUGAUGCGUACCCAGGGCAGCUUGCGCCUCAUCCUCAACACCAAGCUCUGGCCUCAGAUGCAGGUGGACAAGGCCAGCGAGAAGAGCGUCCGCAUCACCGCCAUGGACACAGAGGACCAGGGACUCAAAGUAUUCCUCAUUUCGGCCAGUUCUAAGGAUGCGGGGCAGCUGGCAGCGGCGCUGCACCACCGUAUCCUGGCCCUGAAGAGCUGGGCGGAGCAGGAGUCUGAGCCCGCCCCCUGCAUCCCUGUGCCCGACAUGCCGCAGCACCACGAGGACGACAGCGACGAUGAGCCCAACAAUGGCACCACGGCAACCACCGCGACCAACACCACCACCACCGCUGCGGCUACUGCUACCGCUACCGCUGCCACGCCAACCACCAGUGGCACGUCUGAAGGAACGGAGACUGAGGACACUGGGGGAACAUAGCACCUCUGGCAUCCACCUGACUUCUAGGAAGCUGUUGUACAGGGAUUUUUGUCUUAUUUUUUUCCAAGCAGGCAUCUCUGUGGACAUCUUGUAAACAACAUGGGUCCUUCAGACAAGUGCAGUUGACAGUAGAAGUCUAACCCCUUGUGUGCAGUUUUUGUCCUUUUUCCACCCUUACCCUCUCCUUAUAAAUGUACAUCUGGAAUUUUUUGGAAUUAUCCUUUUGUUUUUUUUAUCUAUCGUGUGUCUUAGGGUUUUUGUUGGACUGCAAGGAAAAAAAGACUUUUUCCAUUUUAGCUUAGGACUUGGAUACUCAUCAUAUUGAUGAGUUCAAGGGAGCUCCUCUACAUUUGAAACACAGCACGUUUCUAAAUACGAGACCCCUUUUCUAUUCUUUUCAACGCCACCGCUUGCUCACCACAGCCUCGCACGAGGACACCACGCUCUCUCAGCACCCUUCAUGUUGUCAAUGGUUACACCAUUCCAUACGCCUCUUCAUCUCCCCCUACCCCCAUACCAGCACAUCCUCCCCAGAAAGUCACUCAAAGUCUAAUUUAUUUUUCUUUUUUUUCCUUUCGCAAUUCUUUAUUUUUGUAUGCACAUUGACAUCCAUGCACUGAUUGUUAACAAAAGUCCAUUAGUUUAUUCCUUAACAUCGAUAGUGAAAGCUGUUUUGUUAUUGGCUCGCUAAGACUUUUUAAACCAUGCAGUCUUCCAUGUUCUGGGAGUCUAUGUAUGUGUUAACCAUUUUUUCACCAAUCCUACAUGAAUUUUCCACCCAGUCUUUUGAUUUUUUUUGUUUGUUUCUUUUUUUAACAUCUCUGCUGGUUGGACAUUUUUCAGAAUUUCAUUUCAUACUCUAUUUUGAGAGCCCAAGUUGAAAUUGUCCGUGUGCUGAGUUAGAGUGCAACACAUACCCUUGUUUCUUGGUCCUUGCCGACCAUUUAAAUGUUGUAUAACACCUUUUAUUAGGAUCCCAGGCUUCCUACAUGCUUUACAGAAUAAAUCUUCAAAAUCAGA